CUGAAUGAAAAAUUGCUCACUAGGUUCGCAGUUCAACGCAUAAAAACCUGGUGGACAGGUACAUCUGUUUUUGUCCAAAAUCCCGAAGUUCUGGCACGAGAUGAUAUCGCACUGCGGUCCCGAAAUAAACGGCGGGCAAACGCAAGUACUGUUCGGCAGUAG